CAUUUUUGAAGGAAGUUUACUCCUGUCAUGGAAAGGAUGGUUGUAACUGAAACAUAAAAGUGAUGGUCAUCAAAAAGGCCAAAGAUCAAUGUAGAAGUGAAAUGGGUUUUUAAAUUAUUUUUAUGAACUGUCAGGGAUUUAAACCUUAGUUAAAAAGAGAAAUUUGAGUGAACUAACCUGAGAAAAAUGAAAGAGGAAAGAGAGCUCUUCAAGAGGGUCAUGUUAAUGACAAAUACCAAGCUGAUAUUAGUGAGCGUAGAAGUAGAAGUUUAGGUCAAAUCAGGUUGGUCUUGUUACACCCGUGAAAUAGGUUGCUAUGAAGGGCUGUGUGGCAAUAGCUCAUUUUGGGUUCUGAGGAAAGGACAGCUGACUUUUCAUCUCCAUAUUAUCUUCUAAUUAACCCCACUUCAUACUCCUUAUUAGUGAAGGUUUUCACUUUGCUUUAAAUGCUUAAGGCAAAUUUGGCAGGUAAUACAGACAUAGUAUCUAUUCUGCAAGUUCCUUCCGAGAAUCAGGGAAGAACACUUGCAUUUGAAGUUUGGAGAAGGUAACAUGCAGGGGAAAGUGAGCAUAUAUUUCAUACCUUCCCUGAAAAGAACAUACUGCUGUGUAAUUUGAUGUACUCACCACACAGAAAAAAGCAAGUCCACGAGGUAUGGGCUUUAACCAGGCCACAACUUUGAGUCAAAUUACAUCCAAGCUUCCUGUCAGGGGACAGCAUAGUGCAGUCACUCACACCCCAGGGGUCCUUUGCCAAUUAUUGGGGUGUUUGCACCACAGGGGAGCCAAUCUGCAGUUUUCUGGGCACCUCCACCCUCCCACUAGCAUCCAUCCCCCUUUUGUGAGUUGAGGCGAGAGGGGACCUUAACCCCCACCAGCACCACAAUAGUGGGGCACUCCCCCCAGCAUAGUGUCCCAGCCCCUGAGUCGCAUUUGACCCCCAGGAUUUUAGACACAUCUUGUAAGGAGAUGCCCGUGGGAUGCCCACCGUUUUACCUUUUGGGAUCUGGAGCCUAAAUCAGCCAGUUCCUUUACUGAGCACUUGCCACAAGGAGAGGGCAGCAUGAGAUUGGCUACCUCCACUCCAUCCCCAUACGGGAUGCCUAGGAGUUCAUCCAGCCCCAACACCGAGAUUAUCCAGGAAUAAGUUGGCAUCUAUAUGAAUAUUUGUGACACCUUCAUCUGUAAAGCCACCAGUUGAAGAAUUGGUGGCUGAAGGGUGAGCAGCUGGAGGAGCCCAGGCAUUGGGUGCCCUCCCAUCCCAUACCUGCAGACACCCAGCAUGUUCUGUGAUCCCACAUUCAUGUCUCCAUUGUGCUUCUCCUCCGGCCUAACCCGGGAGCCCCUACCAUUGCUCCCAUCAGAACUGCCCACUGAGAUCAUGUGGCCAGACUAGGGGGAGUCUGCUGAACCCCAAAAGCAUGUAGAGGGGGUUAGAACACUGGAGCUCUCCCAGUGGGCCCUAACUAUUCAUGACUUCACCCUGUUGUGCCUGACCAUUGUUUUACAGUACUCCAAGCUGAUCUAAAAUGGACUGCAUCAGCACAAGAGGACAAGCUAAAUAAAGCUAAUGACUCAGAUAACUAAUAGGAGAGAACUUAAUUUCACCAGAGGUGAUGAGACACGAAGUGUUUUCACAGAUUUAAUGAAGCAGUCAGUCACAGGGCAAAUGGACCUGAUAAAAAAUCCUGGCAGUAGUGAGCAAGAGAAUGAAUAAAGAGUUUAACUGGUUGAAAUUAAUUAGGCAUAGAUAAUCUAGAAAAUGUAUUGCCUGGAAUUGGAAAAUGUUACCAAAGUCUUCCAACUGCCUAGUACAAAUAGCCAAUGUAAUAUUUAUCUAAACAGAGUAACAGAAUUCUUUCUUUUGGCAAUGACACAAACACGGCUUCUGUCUACUUGACAUGGAAGGCUUGAUUCAGCCCUGACAUGUUGGUUCCUGGUGGUGUAAUCCAGUGAAUAUAAUGGUGGAAAGUCAGCAUUUCCUUGGGUCUGCAGUGGCGCAAGCCACAACCAGCCAUUCUUGUUUUAAGAUGCUUAAUUUCAGCCUAUGGUUUCACUGAUAUAAUUCACUGAAAGCCUGCAGAAGGCCCUGUACAAUGAGUAAACCGUUCUGUAGUCCCAUGUGUUGAAUAGAGUGACCAUAGCCCAAACUGGAGAGGUUACCUCUGCUCCAAUUCUAAUGAGGCCAGCACUGAGAUGAGCUUUUGGGAGAGGUCCAGAGAGAAGCCAUUCACUUUCCACUGAUGUGUAUCUAGUCGCCAGGAAUCCCUGCCUAGAGGGACAGCAGCAACCAUUCCAGUCUAUAAACUGGACUAGGGGCAAGCAGUGGUGUUGUAUGGAGUCCCAAAGCCUUUCCCUAAAUUGGAAGAGGGUAGAAUUUUAACCUCUCCCUUCUACCCCUACCCACAGACCCCAUGCAGAACACCCUAAAGAAUGUGUAAUCAGGGUUUUUAAUGUUAGUUCUGAUUUUUAUCAAAUGUCGUGGAUGCACUUUUCAAAGAAUAUGGGCACAAAAAAUCUGAGGAUGAACAUGUUCAGUCUCUUUCCCCUUCGCUCCUCCAUAUACUGAUUUUUACUAAAGCUCCUAAUUCUUUCUGGCUAGAUCUUUGAAGCUCUGUCUCUCAAACGCUCCUUUAAGGACCUCCUAUGUGGUAUGUUUUUGUCUAUCGUUUGUAAACACAAUACGACAAAGAAUGAUUUUGGUUCGGUGACAAGGGAACCAGCUAUUUGCAUGUCAUGAGGUCUAAGGGAAAACAGCCUUCUUCUGCAGAGCCAAAAUCUGAUGGGACCCUCAAAUAGCUCUGGCACGCUAUUCUGUUUAUUUUGGAUUUAAUGACUGCUUAUUUCUGUGAAAGCUAAUCGAAUUAUUUUCUCCCUUUCUUUUGCUACACAAGUCAUAAGAAGCAGCAGCUUGAAACCAAAUCUGAAGAACCAAAAGAUGACAAGUAAUCACUGCCAUUACUGCAUGGAAUCCCUUCUUGGCAGGAGGUAUGCAUUUAGAGAAGAGAAUUCUUACUGUGUUACAUGUUAUGAUGGCCUAUUUGCUAACUCCUGUGAAGAAUGCAAGAGGCCCAUUGAAUGUGAUGCCAAGGAUCUCGCCUAUAAAGGCCGCCACUGGCAUGAAGCGUGCUUCAAGUGUGCCAAAUGCAAUCACUCUUUGGUGGAAAAGCCUUUUGCUGCCAAGGAUGAGCUCUUGUUGUGUACUCAGUGUUAUUCUAAUGAGUAUUCAUCGAAGUGCUUCCACUGUCAGAAGGCCAUUAUGCCUGGUUCUCGUAAAAUGGAAUUUAAAGGAAGUUGCUGGCAUGAAGCCUGUUUUGUUUGUCAAUACUGCCGGCAACCAUUAGGAACAAAGCCUUUGAUUACCAAAGACAAUGAGAAUUAUUGUGUGCCAUGUUUUGAGAAGCAGUUUGCUCACCACUGCUACUCCUGCAAGAAGAUGAUAACUACUGGUGGAGUGACAUACCACGACCAGCCAUGGCACAAAGAAUGCUUUCUGUGUGUUGGAUGUAAGAAGCAGCUGUCUGGGCAGAAGUUUAUUUCCAAAGAUGACCAUCCAUACUGCCUAGACUGCUUCAGAAAGCUUUAUGCAAAGAAGUGUGCAGCCUGCAACAAACCCAUUACUGCUCUUGGAGGUGCCAAAUUUAUCUCAUUUGAAGAGCGCCAGUGGCACAGUGACUGCUUUAAUUGUGUGAAAUGUUCCAUUUCGCUGGUGGGACAAGGAUUCCUCACCCAGCAAGAUGACAUCCUCUGUCGCGAAUGUGGUUCGGCUGCAUAGUUAGAGAGAGACACGUUAUUCUCGCAUGCUGUAACCAAGUAUUUCCUUACCCUGCAGUCAGAAAUUCAUUUAAAGGCCAUAAGAGUUAUUUAGUCAUUCAAGUUGCUUUCCACCAGCAGUUCAAUUCUAUCACAGUGCUCAGCUGCUACAUGCAUGCCUUAUAUCUUGUAAAAAGAUUUUUACACAGUUCUGGUUAAGAAAACAUUUCCAAAGAAAUUUCUAUAUAUAUUUUAAUGGAAAUACAGUAUGUUUGUCCUUGUAAAACAGUGCACUCUGCUGUUGGGAGCUUUAGAAUUUUAUAUUAUAUAAUCCAAGAACGACUAUGAAAAAUCUGUAUUUGGAAGACAUAAUAGAUGACCUCAUUGAAGAAAACUUAUACCAGUACUCUACUGAUGCAGACACUCAGGUGGAAAGUGGUGGUGCAUUCCCCGCUGGGCCACAAUAUUUAAUCUGAACAAUGUCCCCCCUUCUCUUUGUACCUCAAGGCUGCUGGGCAGACAAAGAAAGCUGCCGGCAAAGCAGUCAUUUCGCUAUGUGCGGAAGGUAGGGGGUUGUUGUACAGAAAGGAAAGACUUCUACCACUCCAGAGGGGGUGCUACUUCUCUGCCUUGUAAGACAGAAAGGAGUAGGAGAAAUAGAUGCCCACCAGCAGAGAGAGUCAAGAGUCCACUCCAUGGCCAGGAGGGUCAGGUGAUGGGACAGAAGGCCAUUUCCUCCAUAAUUUACACCACUGAAUACACUAUAGGGCAAUUAAAAAGCUGUAUAAUCUUUGCUCCAAGUUGUAAGUCAGAAUUCCUUUGCACAGCUCUAUGCUUAAUCAAUGACCCACUCACUUUUUCCAAUUUUCUGAUUCUCAGUAUAAUGAAUGCUAACUAAGCAGUUUGCAAAAAUGUGGGGCUUAGCCAAGCAAUUAAUUGUGUGUCCAAAAUUUCAGGUGCAUAUUCAUAGAUGGUUUUUGGAAAAAGUGUCUGUAAAUGACAUUUUCAUUACUUCCACUUCAUAGUCGCUAAUAGCAACAAAUUUCUGUUUCUCUAUUAGGACACAUUACUAAGAACUACAUAUAAGUUGAAUAACAUGGGGGGAAAAGAUUUCUUUACAUUUUUUUCAUGCAUUAUGAUUAAGGAAAAGAGGAAUUGCCAGACUGUAUCAGAUCAAUGGGCCCAUCUAAUCCAGUAUCCCAUCUCCAACAGUGGCCAGCACCAACUGCUCCAGAUGAAGAUGCAAGAAAAUCCAGAGUGCACAAUUAGUGUAUGUUGCCCAUCCUGGUAGUUUCUUACUAAUACCUACCACCAGGGCAUGCCCUAGACCAAAUGGCACCCCAGGCAAAGUGCCGCGAUCGGCCGAACCUGCAGACGAGGCAGGUAAACAAAGUGGCCCAGCCCGCCAGGGUGCUUACCCUGACAAGCCACGUGCUGGAGGUUGCCAACCCCGGUCUAGAAGGUUAGUGAAUCCACAUACGAAAUAUCUGAAACAUUUUACUUCAAACAUUCUAUUUUCCCUUUUGUUGCUAACAACAAAAACAACCCCCAACGCUGGGCACCCCAGGCAGUCGCCUGCCCCUAAAUCUGGUCCUGCCUACCACUGAGUGUUCGGUUUAUGCUCUGAAGCAUCAAGCCUUAUAUCCCUUCUUAAACAAACAAACAAAAAUCUGUUCCAAGACUAGUGAUUUGCAGAGCUGAACUACAGCCCCUUUACCAAUAUUAGCUAGUUUUAGUUAAACUUUUUUUUUGCUAAGUCAUCUUUUCAGGAUAUAAAUAAAUAAAACUACACUUUAAUCUGCCAUCGGAAUCAAUGAGCUCCCCCAAUCAGAGCGCUAAUGUAUAGUUUCCAAACGCUAACAUGUCUUAAAACUGCAACUGCCUUUUUAAUGCCGUCAGAUCCUGGUCAUUGGUGGACAGGAUCAAACCUGGGGCUUCUGGAGCUUAUUGCAUGAGCCUCUAUCGCAUGAGCUAAAAGCCACAUGGCCCUUAGCUAAGGCUGUAGAGCUGCUUAAUUUUAUCUCUCUCUUUAAGUGGUCUUGGUGCCACUAGAUGGGACAGAACACCACACUCAGUACGUGAGUGGGUUACACCUUGUCUACACUAGGAUUUUAGUACAUACUAAACAUACACCUCUUUUCCUAGUGUAAACAUGGCUUGAGAGUCACCUUCCUGUCUGCCAAGCCACCUCUCUCUUCUCCUGAAAACCCAUUUUCCAGAAAUUCAUCCAUCUGUCUCAUCAUAAAUAGUUUCUCCUUGCUCUCACUUUGAACUGUGAUCUAAUAUCUUAUGUGUUUGCCUUGUCUAUAUUAAGACUGUCAAUGCUUUAGAACAAGGAGCAUGACUUACUCAUUUUGUUAAGAGCCAUGUACAUUUACCAGCAUUAUAGCAAUGGUUUUUAAUAAUAUUUUCAUUACAAUCGAUAGGCCAACAGAACAAUGUAGUUUUGUUCCUAUAUCUCAUUUAUGUCACUUUGAGAGGAUUUAAUCUGCUUGCUGAGCUUUUAAAGUAAAAGUGUCUAUAUUAAAGGCCAAGUAGAUUAGUGUUACAAAUGUUCCUUCCCUUUGUUCCACGCUUUCAUGUCAUUAAACUACCAUUAUACUGAGCCAUUGAGAAUGGUGCAAUGAAAUACUCGAGGGCAGGUUUUGUACCAUUUACCACACUCCUGAUGUGUUUUAAAGCACAUCUUACUCAUAUUAACUUCAGGAGCACAUGUGUCCUUUUAGGAGCUGAUCCAAAGUCUAUUGCCGUUAAUUGGAGUCUUUUCUUUUACCUCAGUUGCAUUAAGAUCUCAUUCCUUAUUUAAUUGAAAGUGAUAAUUACAUUAAGAAGACAAAAAGAUAAGUACACUAUAUGAAAAUAGGCCAGUGCCAAACUGCAAUAGUAUAAAAUCUAUGUGGAUAAUAACUAACCACAAGUAUAUAACUCUGUUUUCUAGUCAAUAAAAUAUUGAUUUUUUUUUUGCUUAA